UGCCACUUCACCACUAGGAUAUAUCACUGCAAUAUUAGUGCCAAUGGUUCUAUCUGUCUCGAUAUCCUCAAGGAUCAGUGGAGUCCAGCACUAACUAUAUCCAAGGUUCUGUUGUCUAUCUCAUCGUUACUCACUGAUCCCAACCCUGACGAUCCGUUUGUUCCCGAGAUUGCCCAUAUGUACAAGGGUGAUCGGAAUAAGCAUGACGCCAUUGCCAGGGAAUGGACGCAGAAAUAUGCUAUGUGAGGUUUCCGGGCGAUAUUCAGCAACAGGAAGAAUCGCUACGAUUGUCGACCUCUGGGUGCUUGAUAGAGUACCUUGCGGGAUUCUCGAUGUGAUUGUUAUUACUACAGUUGCACUCAGUGAGUGACAACCUACUGUUACAACGCAUCCUUUUGUAUAUUUCCAUAUCCACUAGCACUCUAUUGUCCUCCCAAAGGCGAUGGUUUCUCUUUGCUGUUGCGACGACCCAUACGAUUCCUCAAAGCAACCGUGUGAUGUUGGCCGUAUGUUGAGCGGCAGCAUCAGCCUUUAAUCGUCGUACUAUACUUCACUGAAAUAGAUAUACUUGACAACGCCGCCAUCACCAUCUACAGCUGC